AUGAAAAACCGCAAACACAUGCUCGUCGAUCGGUGGUAUCUGUGGAAGCGCAGCCCACGCGAUCAGCUCAUCACUCACACGGGCGAACCCGACCGUCAAUGGCAACCGGCGGCCGGUCCCGAACGAUCCGAUUCAUCAUCGCAGGUUGCCACCAAACCGACCCAGCAGUACUCUUCCGGCAGUAGUUCCGCGACCACGAACGAUGGUGCAGUAGAUUUAGCUGAACCAUCUUCCGUAACCGCAACAGGCGUUUGUGAGGUAACCGGUUUGAGCGAGGUGCGCCUUCUAGCGAGCGCUUCCCAAGAACCUGUCACACAGCGACGUAACCGGAAGUCGAAACCCAACCAGGCUGUGGUGUCGACGACGGUUACGGUGUCCUCUUUUCUGGCGGAAAGCUACAACGCCUCGGAUAAGGUGUACUAUGCUCCACAGCUCGAUGAUCGGUUACUCUCGUUGGAUGAUCUCGAGCUGCUUGAGUUGGAGCCGGAAGUAGAGCUCACAAUCGAACGAACCGACCGGUACGAGUACGGUGACACCGCUAGUGACGAUCACGACGACGAACACACCGAAGACGACGACGAGGUAUCAGGAACCGCAGAUAACCUCAAAUCAGACACCACCCAGUACUUCCACCAAUACCACAAUAACAACAACGGCGACACGUUCCACCAUCAAACCUUCCUCGUUGAUGGCCCGCACGAGUCCGGUGACGGAGCUGGCCGUGGUGAGAAACAGCCGCCACCGCCAGAUCUGGCCUGCCUACCCGGUCCCGGGCAGGUGUUGCAUCAGCAGCCGCACCAAGAGCACGCCGUCUACGUCAGCCGGCAGGAUCGCAACAAGUUCUGUGGCAGUCUACCGAACCACCUCGACCUGGACGUGUCGGCGAUCGGUGACCGGGACUGUGAAGCCAUCGUCAACAGGCAAAACGAGUUUCUGCAAGCUAACUUGAAAAACGUCCAGCAACACCAGAAGCAGACAGUAAUCCAUCUUGGACAGACGAACGCGCACGAUUUACAGCUUACAUUCGCCGGAACUGGCCACUUCCUUCCACAGUUGGCACCAUAUCAGCAGAUCGCACCGGUGGAACCCGGCAGCACAUUUCGUUCGGCAAACGCGCCAGAACCGACCAGUCAAUCGCAACACCACCAUCCAGCACCCGCUCUUGCGAGCAUCCAGCAAAAGCUAUUGUUACACCGAACGGUGGUUGACGCUGGGUGCGAUCAAGGUUACGGUAGUGAGCGAUCACCGGAAGACGAGUUGCCACCGCCCUUGCUGCUAUUGCACGACAGGCAGUACUUAAAAAUGCUACCCUCUUCCAACUCCAGCAUCGGUCUAGCCCCGGAUGGUCCGUCCGUGGAAACGAGCGGCACAUCCAGUGCGCCAGGCUCCUCGGAUACAUCCGCCGGUGGAGGUGAUGGUUUCGCGCAACCACAAAAAUGUUGGGCAACUCUCAACGCCACCGGCCAGCUGGCAGGCGGUCCGUACAGUUUUAUUACCAAAGAUACCAUAUUUUCCGUCCAGGUGUCUAAGAGCACCCGAGGACUCGGCCUAUCGGUGUCGGGCGGGUCCGACUCCAACGCUCCAUUCGCGGGCCUCAUUCGCAUCAAGCGACUCUUCCCGCAUCAGGCAGCUUGGGCAACGGGAAUGCUGCAACCUGGUGACAUCAUCCUCGAGGCAAAUGGCGUCCCACUGACAGGUCUAACGAACUAUCACGCCCUGGAGAUCCUGCGUCAGACGACCAGUGUCGUUACGCUCACUGUUUGUCGACCGAAGGACAAGCAGUACCGCAAGUUAUCCCCACCGACUGAGCCUCCUAAACCACCACUCCGUAACGCUCUCUCGAAUGAACCCGGUCUUGGAUCAGGUUCGGUUCCUCCAUCGCCGGUUCCAACCGGUGUUGCAUUCCAGCAGCAGCAGCAGCAGCAACACCACCAGCUGAUGCAGCACUUCUUCCCAACGUCCAGUAUCGGCUAUGAGCCACCGUUUCUACCACCACUCGAUCCGCUUCAUAUCGGCUUCAACGGGGAGUUUGAGAUCGUGCUGACGAAGCAGCAGGGUUCGCUUGGGUUUACACUGCGCAAAGAGGACGAAUCCGUUCUCGGUCACUACGUGCGCGCGUUGGUUCGUGAACCGGCACUCAGUGAUGGACGUAUCCGUCCCGGUGACAAGAUUGUCGCCGUCAAUGAUGUGCCCAUCUCGACGAUGACCCACGAAGAGGCUGUGAUAUUUCUGCGUCAGGCCGCAGACGUCGUGCACUUGCGGUUGUACCGUGAUCAGGCGCAAACACCGAUCUCGGCUCAAUCCCCGACCGAUUCGAGCUGCAGCGGCCAGCGGAAGGUGCGUCUACGUCCGGAAGCUCUUAAUCUGCUGACGGAUCUUGCCGCCAGUCGCUCUCAUCAAGUUGCGGUCGGUUCCGGCUCGCAGGUUGCGUUGAGCAAUAUGUCAACGCCAAGACGUCUGCGACGUGUUGGAGCACACCAUAGCGGGCUCGAUAGACUCGGUUUCCAAGAGCAGCAGCAGGAUUCCAACGACAUAUUCAACUACUUCGACAUCUGCUCAAAUGCGUCGACUAUCGUUAGUCAAGCCGAUAAUUUCGACGAGGCGUACUACUUUGACGAUGAAAUUGACGCGCUCAUCGCAGAUGAAGGACCAACUGGCACCACCGUGCAGCAGUUGAACAAGGACGGAGGGCAACACGGCGAGGAAGCGUCAGCAUUCGUCAGUCUGCCGUGCGAGACUCUCCUAGUAGCGUGCAAAACUGAGCAGAAUCUGCACUCCACCGACCAGACGGAGGCGAUUUACGUGCAGCACUUCGCCCACAAGUCACCGCUCUACUCAUCGCUCAACGUACCAGCUACGGCACAACCGGAUGAGCUCGCCGAAGCAGUAGUACGAGGAGGGAAGAUAAGCCUCAUGAAGUGGAAGGGCAAAAUGCUGCAAAUGGCUGCUGGCGAAGAGGAGGACAAGAUGAGUGUGGCCACCCGCAGCCUGGAGCAUCCGCCACUGCCAACGCCGGAGGGGAAUGGUUUCAGCCUGUCGGUAACUGAGGAGAGAGAUUUGGCCCCGAGUGAGGGAGUUUUGGAUCUAACAGCGCACAUGGGCGUAGACAUUGAUGGAAAUAAGCUAUUCUUUGUCGAGCUAAACAAGGGAUGGAACAGCCGGCUUGGCUUUAGUCUGAAGCAGCAGGAAUGCCCCGAUGGCAAGAAUCGCACGAUCAUCAGUGCCAUCUAUCGGGAUAGUGUAGCAGCACGCAACGGUCGACUACACGUCGGUGAUGUACUGCUGACGGUUAACGAAGAGUCGGUCGAGUCCUUACCGACAGCGCAGGUGAUCGAGCUGUUGCGCAUCGUGCGUGGCCCCAUCUUCAUCACACUGAUGCGUCCUCGUGUGCCAUCUAACGACAUACUCGAGCCAACACCGGCAGAACCGAAGGAGAUCGACGAACUUGACGCGGAUGCUGCAAAGGCUCUGUCCACCUUACAGGUUGCGCUUUAUCCGGAAGAUGGCGCAGCACCGGUAGCAGCAGUAGAAGGCACUGAAGAUGCCAAAAAGGACUGCGAGUAA